AUGCCUUCCGAAUAUCUCAUCAUGGUGGUACUCGGAGCGCUCCUAAUUCGGCGCCUUCUUCUCGCACGCAACAAACGCUAUCCUCCGGGCCCUCGCGGGCUACCUUUUCUCGGCUAUAUCUUCGGUCUCCCAGACCUCUUGGAUUGGCAAAGAUGGGCAUCCACCUAUGGCGACAUCGUACACCUCCAUGUUCUUGGAAAGCACAUCAUCAUGCUCAACUCCAUCGACGCAACUAGCGACUUGCUUGACAAGCGGUCCUCGAUAUACCCAGAUCGGCCGCCCUUGCCCCUCAAAGCGCACGUUGGUCAAGAGUGGAACUUCGGUUUCAUGCCCUACGGGAAGGCUUGGUUAGCUAGACGUCGAACCUUCGCGGCACGGUUCGGACGGCCCUUUCCCGACAUAUAUCCCAUCUUUUCUUCUGCCGUCAUGAAUCUUCUGCACAACCUCGUGGACGAUCCUGGGUCCUUCAUGAAGCACGCCCAGUUAUAUGCUGCCCAAGUCAUCUUGGGCGCGACUUAUGGGCUGAACGUAGAGUCCUGUGAGGACGAACUGAUAAUCAAUGCAAGGUCUGUGCUCGAAAGUGUAGACUUCAUAGCACGACCGGAGAUGUGGUUCCUGAAUUCGCAAAUCCUGCUUCGUUACUUGCCCGGAUGGCUCGGAGGAAAUCGUCUUGCUAAUCGCCUGCGAAAGUGGCAUACAGUCAAUCACCAAUUCCGCGAACUCCCGCUGAAGUUGAUGGCAGAAGGAAGUGGUGCUGACACGCCAUAUUGCUUCGCCAAGCAUCUCUCCGAAGAACGCCCUCCGUCGAUCUCCGUGCAGGAACAUGAGCAAUUCGUUAAAGACUGCUCAGCUGCUGCAUAUGGAGGUGGUUCCGAAACGACUACCGCGUCCGUGAACUCGUUCUUCCUUGCUAUGGCUAUGUAUCCAGAUGUCCAGUCGAAAGGUCGAGCAGAGAUUAUGCGCGUUGUUGGAACGAGACGCUUGCCAGACUUCGAAACCUGCCGCUGGAAUCCACCUGGGCCGCUUGGGGUGCCGCACAUGCUGACACAAGACGACGAAUACCGUGGGUAUUACCUUCCGAAAGGCUCGAUCGUAGUCGGGAACAUCUGGCAUAUUCUGCACGAUCCGGAUACAUACGCGUACCCGGACACAUUCGAACCUGAGCAUCACCUCGACCAUGGGCGACUACAACGGGACGACUUGAGCCGCAUAACGUUCGGUUUCGGGCGACGCAUCUGUCCCGGUAAAGCUUUCGCGGAGGACUCUCUGUGGCUGCUAAUAGCACAGGUAUUGGCUGUAUUCGAGAUCACCACUGCCGAUGCGGGCGGCCCUCUCCAAGCGAGAUUCACAACUGGUAGCUUCUCUUACCCUAUGCCAUUUCCCUGCCGUAUUAGGCCGUGGUCAGAAGAAUCGCUCGAGCUCCUUCGCCCCUAA